AUUCUGGGGACUGCAAACUCCCAAACUCCAAAAAAGAUCAAUGUCGGGUUAUCCGCCCAAUAUCGACAUCCAACAACCCCCCUGACGAAACCCAUUGCAGACAUCGGAACUGAGUGCUAAGCCGCGGCCAGUCACAGUACUCAGGCCAAAGGGGGGUGAAACAGAGGAAGCGGAAAACAGAAGCUCGCCAUGUCGUGUAGACAGUGGCUCUCCUCGGCGGUGCGCCGAUUGCCCUCCGGCGCCGGCCAACAACAGACUCGAGCUCUUUCAACAUCGACACCCGACGCGAAAGGCUUGCAAAUGCUUCCCCGGGCAGGAGGAGGAGGCGGAUCCGGAGGAGGAGGGACCAUGAUCAGACGUGUAGUCGGCAUCCGCGGCGGCAACCCCAACAACAACAACAACCCAACCGACGCGCUGCAGUCCUUACUCUCACUGGGGGACACGCGGCGCAGCGGCCGAGGUCCCGUGACGGCCGAGGAGCAGCGCGAGAUAAUGGAGCAGCAGCAGCAGGCCAACAACGCGCGCCUGUCGGUCCGGGACCUGCGCAACAGCGCCACGACCGACAACUUCCUCAGCUACAUGCCGCGCCGCUGGAAGGCGGGCGACGUCUAUUCCCCGCGCGACCUGAGCCCCGUCGAGCAAAAGAAGUGGACGAAGCGGCAGGCGCCGCUGAAGGAUAUUGUUGAUUUGCUGGGGUUUAAUCCGCUGGAUAACUACAAGAACUUCUCCUUCAUUUCGGAAUUCAUGACCCCCUUCGGCAGAAUCAAGCACAGCAGGGAAACGGGGCUGCGGCCCGUCAACCAGCGCAAGGUGGCCAAGGCCAUCCGGCGGGCCAUCGGCAUGGGGCUGCAUCCCAGUGUGCACAAGCACCCCGAACUCAUGCGCCUGUCCAACCAAGGCUUCCCAAUGUACGUGCCAAGGACCACCAGUACCGCUGAAAAGAAGUUAUAAAGAGGGGACCGCGGACGACGGGGCUGGCAACAUUAUUCUUCCCCUCUUGCGCUGGGUUCAUGGCUUGUCUGGAAACGAACAGGCGUUGAGGAUGAAUCACGCUAUCUGCGUGGAACGGGGUUGUACUGUAAAUUGUACGAUAUACCAAGUUAUCAACAACGUCCAUGUGCCACCCACCAUGGACACGGGGCACCCAUCAUCUUUUACGUAUACAAUAUAUACUCUGUACAUGUACCAGUUUGCAGCGGGUCAGCACGCACCGACAAGUGCACCCGUAUAUUUACGCCUCCAUAGUCCUGACAAUGUUGAACUUG